CCCGGGGAGCGAGGGAGCGGCCCAGAGAGCGAGGGAGCGGCCCGGGGAGCGAGGGAGCGUCCCAGAGAGCGAGGGAGCGGCCCGGGGAGCGAGGGAGCGGCCCGGGGAGCGAGGGAGCGUCCCAGGGAGCGAGGGAACGUCCCGGGGAGCGGCCCAGAGAGUGAGGGAGCGUCCCAGGGAGCAAGGGAGAGCGAGGGAGCGUCCCGGGGAGCGAGGGAGCGGCCCAGAGAGCGAGGGAGCGGCCCGGGGAGCGAGGGAGAGUGAGGGAGUGUCCCGGGGAGCGAGGGAGCGGCCCAGAGAGUGAGGGAGCGUCCCAGGGAGCGAGGGAGUGGCCCGGGGAGUGAGGGAGCAGCAUCAAGAAGAGGGACAGUGGGAGACCUGUCCGGAGUGAGCAGAGGCGAAAGGAAGGGACGGGAGAGCUCGCGGGACACAGGGAGUGACAGGUAGGGAGGGGCGUGAGAGACAUUGAGUGAGGGGAGGGACGGGGUGAGGGAGGAGAGGGUGAGGGACACAGAAGGAGGGCAGUGUGAGUGUCACUGGUUGUGAGGGGAGGGGAAGGCCACUGACACAUAGGGUGAGCAGGAGGAGGAGGAGGACUGAUCGCCGUGGGUCACGGCAGGCUGACCUGUGUCCUUGGGCCGGAGAGAGUGGACCUGCUGACCGUUGGACAGUAAGGAAGCUGCAGAGUCGGGGAUUGGAGCGGAGGAGCUGGGCACGGCCACAGGAUGCUGUCUGUGAAGGGGAGCAUCAUUCUGUUGCUGUUGUUCUUCAGUAGCCUGUUCGGCAGCGUCUUCAUGCUGGGCCCGCUGCUGCCACUCAUGUUGGUGUCUGUGCCGUGGUAUCGCUGGAUCACCGACCGUGUGGUGGCCGUGUGGUUCACCCUGCCUGUGGCCCUGAUGGAGAUGGUGCUGGGUGUACGGGUGGUGAUCACGGGAGACGGCUUUGUCCCCGGUGAAUGUAGUGUGAUCAUCAUGAACCACCGGACUCGCCUGGACUGGAUGUACCUGUGGAACUGUCUGCUCCGAUACAGCUACCUCCGAAUGGAAAAGAUCUGCCUGAAGUCCUCCCUCAAAUCCAUCCCGGGCUUUGGCUGGGCCAUGCAGGUGGCAGCGUUCAUCUUCAUUGAGAGGAGGUGGGAGCGGGACCAGGACCACCUCCAGCUGAUGCUGGCCCACCUGUGCGACAUUCGGCAGCCCUUGCAGCUGCUUAUCUUCCCCGAGGGCACCGACCUGACAGCCACCACCAAGGCACGGAGCGAUGAGUUUGCCGAGGCUCGGGGGCUCCCCAAGUACCAGUACAUCCUCCACCCCCGCACCACGGGCUUCGCCUUCAUCGUCAACCAGCUACGCAAAGGCUCCAGUGUGGACGCGAUCCAUGACGUGACAGUGGCCUAUCCUUACAACAUCCCGCAGUCUGAGAGGGACCUGUUCACCGGCAAGUUCCCCAAGGAGAUUCACUUCCACAUCAGGCGCUACUCAGCAGCUCAGCUGCCCGUCACCCUGGAGGGGCUGCAGGAGUGGUGCCGGCUCCGCUGGCACGAGAAGGAGCGGCUGUUGCACAACUUCUACCAGGGAGACCGCUCCUUCCAUGGGCUGGACCAAGUCCAGUACAGGAGCCCGGAUCGGGCGCUGGACCAGAGCCCAGAGCAAGUCCAGGACGGGAGUACGGAUCGGGGGCUAGAUCAGGAGCAGGACCGGAGCCUGAAACAAAUCCAGGACCGAAGCCCAGAUCCGGGGCUGGACAUGAGCUCAGAACAAGUCCAGGACCGGAGUCUGAAUCAGGGACUGGAUCAAGAACAGGACCGGAGCCCGGAACAAGGCCUGGACCGGAUUCCGGAUCAAGGACUGGAGCAGGACCGGAGCCCGGAGAGGGAACUGGGUCCGCGUGCAGCCCAGGAGCGAGGCGAGAUUCGAAGGCGCAGAUGGGGCCAGGCCUGGGGUAGGCGGCUGGGUCGCCCCCGGAUGUGGUUUGAGGGUCGGGGGCGGGUCUGGUUAGGGCGGAACAGGGGCCAGGAUCACGGCAGGAGCCGGGACUGGAGGUCUGGGCUGCCACAGGCCCUUGUCCCUCCUUGUAAGUCCCGGGGAAGGGUCUUCCUCAUCAAGUUGUUCUCCAUGGUGUACUGGACGGCAUUUGUGCUUGGUACCAUCGGGCUGCUCUGGUCCUACACGCUGGUACGCUGGUACUUCUCCACUGUGGCCAUCUUCUUCAUUCUACAGGAGCGGCUGUUUGGGGGCAUCGAGAUGAUGGAGAUGGCUGCCCACAGGAGGGCCCAGCGCCGCUCCAAGAAGCACUGACCCUGCGGCCACCUCCCUCAUCCAUCUGUCCAGUCCCAGGUCUCCUUGCACUGGUCCAGCCAAUCCUGGGGCUCCUCCCAGCAGUCCGGCCAAUCCUGGGGCUCCUCCCACCAGUCCGGCCAAUCCUGGGGUUCCAAAUCACUGAUCCGUCCAAUCCAGGGUUUCCUGACGAUCUGACCAAUGUCGGGGCUCCUUCUGUUGAUUUGGCUGACCCCAGUGAUUCUUUCCAUCCAGCCCAGUUCCAAAACGACUCCUCUCAAUCCGGCCAAUCCCAACACAGUCCCAUCCAUUCACCCAAUGGUGGGACAUCACCCACAGGUCCGUCCAGAGGGGGAUUGAGAGUUGAAAACUGCAGAUGCUGGAAAUCUGAAGUAAAACCAGACCACACUGGGACACCCAGCAGGUCAGGCAGCAUCCGUGGAGAGAGGAGCAGGGUCCACAAGUCUGUUAUUGCUGGCUGAGUGUUCCCAGUGACUGAUCUGGGAGCUGCUCCAAUCUCAGUGAGAGGGAAGGUCUCCCUUGGUGUGACCGAGCCAGAGUGGGGAGGAGAGGUGCUGCACCCCACGCCGGCCCAGACUCCCACCUCUGGCCCAUGUCUCCCUCACCAGCCAGGGUCACACAGCAAAUGCUUGGAUGCUGAGCGCCACUGGAAGUGUCAGGCUGGAACAGCCGCCUUCAGCUCACCCCUACACUGGCACCUCUGGGAAUGAGAGUCUGCAAAUCUCUCAUCUUCAGUUGUAUUCCCGUCUCCCGGUGAGGGUCAGUGUGUGUGUGUGGGACCCGUCCCCCGGUGAGGGUUGGUGUGUGUGUUUGGGACCCGUCCCCCGGUGAAGGUCAGUGUGUGUGUGGGACCCGUCCCCCGGUGUGGGUCAUUGUGUGUGGGACUGAGUUAUACAGAUAUGAUCCCAUGGAGUGUGCAGUGUACAAUGUUGUACACUGGUAUUGGUGUGUACAUUAUUAGGCUGUUGACCCUCUGUGCCCUCUCCCCUCCCUCUGUCAGGUCUACUGCCCACUCUGGAUCCGUCAGGGUCCGAGUAUACGGUGUGUGUUUGGGUAACAUUGGGGAGAAGGGUGCGCUGGUGCCGGCUGGUCUUGUUCUGCAUGUGAGGGGAUGGAUUGCAGGCCCUCGUAUAGUGUUGGAGGAGAGAAUCUCUCCGUUUGCUUGUUGUGUUUCGUGUCGGAGCUCUGGUGAUAUUUUCAGGAGCCGUCCGCCAGCUCCCCUUUCCACACGGAUUGACUUGUUUUUAUGACAAACACUGACACCAAUAAAUACCCUCAGCUCGUC